CGGACAACCAACGACCUCCUGCACCCGCUCCCUCCCUCUAUGUCCCCGCCAUCUCCGUAGCACCAUGCCCAGCGUCACCUCCACCACAGAGGCCGCCCCCGCCAGCCUCAACCUCAAGGCCUCCACCGGCAACCUCUCCAUGUCCGCCUCCGUCCCGUCCACUCCUUCGUCCGCCUCGCCCAAGGCCUCCUUCUCGUCGUCCAACUCGACCCUCGCCAGCCUGCGCGGGCUCUACCCCCGCGCUGCCCGCGCAUUCCUCCAGCGCAACGUUGCGCUCACGCACUCCCUCCUCACCGCCGCCUUCGCCCUCGUCGAGCCGCCCCCGUACUCGUAUUACGCGGACGCCACCAGCGGGCGGAUCGCGGACCCUCUUGCGAGCCAGCGCAGGAAGUGGGAGGUCCUGCGCAUCACGUUCGAGACGACGCUGUAUGCGUCGCCCCCGCAGACGGAGGACCCCGACGAGCUCCCGCCGCCGCUCCGUGCGAACCUCCUCCUCUCGCCCGAGCCGUUCAUCGCGACGCUGCACAAUCGUGCGCUGCAACUGUUCACACCCACUACUUCCUCCGGUGCGCAGAUGAUGAAGCCGAGCUCGACUUAUCUUCCCGCGCAGGUGCUCGUGACCCUUGCUCUGGCGAGUCUGAAGCUGGGAUGCACCGCAGUCGGGAGAGGCAUGAUCGAAGACUGGCUCGCGAGGCGACCGCAGUGCGCGGACGCCGGCAAAGAGGAUCGGGAAGGGUAUUCUAAAGUUAUGGAGCUAUAUUGCCUGCACGUCCUCCCCCGUCUAGAAGAUUGGGACUACGCAGAGGACUUCCUGCAAUACGAGCGCGAACUGGCGCCAGAGACAAGGAAGUACAUGAUCUCGUCCCUGCAAAGCCUCCGCGCACAAGCCAUGUCCUCUCAGCCACCCUCAACAUUAAAAGGGGUUCCGUCGUCCGCGUCGGAGCCCGCUCUAUCCACCUCGCGCUCUGUCUCUCCUGCACGCUCCGACUCGUCAGCGUCCUCGUCCUCGAGCGGGUCGACACACACCGCCACACCGACCACGCCGCGUCCAGGCGGGAAGGGCAAGGCCAUGCUGCACCCCAUCUCACACAUGACGUCCCUCCCUCCCUCCGCCUCUUCCCAAUCCAUCUCUUCCACGACCACCUCGCGCACCGUCACCCCCUCCAACGCACAUGCCACCUCCCCGCACCGCCGCUCGCGCUCGGCGAACCGCUCAAAAGCCGCAAACGGCAGCGCAGACGUCUCGCUGGCCACGCCGCGUGCGGCCUCGCCUCUCCCGCACACACACGCGUUCCCGAGGCCACCACGCACCGCGCCGCUGGAGGCCCCCGCGCCGCAGCGCGCGCCGAGCACGCUGGCGCUGAUCCGGACGAGCUGCGCGGCGCUCGUGCGGGGGAUGUCGCGCACGAAGCUCGCGGCGUACGUGCUGGUGUUCGUGCUGGUGCCGCUGCUGUCGUUCGUGCUCCGGGUGCGCCGGACGCGGGGGCGCUCGGCGGGUGCGAAGGGGGGGACGGUGGAGGAAGUGCGGCGGCGCCUGAGGAGCGCGGGCGGGGGAGAGGGGAAGGGUGUCGUGGCGAGGGCGUGGGAGGAGCUUGUGAGGGCGUUGGGGGAUACGGUCCAGAUGGGCGGGCGGGGGCUGGUGUAG